AUGGGCUCCCUUCCACCCGAAACCUUUAUCAAUGACACGUUAGGCGCCCUCCAAAUUGGCGCUCUUCUGUCCUACAUGCUUUUUGGUAUGACAACUACACAAGUCUACCUCUACCACACUCGAUUUCCGGAAGACGCGCGAUGGAUUCGCUUGCUGGUCGCUGUUAUCUGGCUUUUAGAAGCCACCCAGGCGUGUCUGCUAGGCUAUGUCGUGUAUUUUUACACCAUCACAGAUUACGGAGACAGCCGACACGCUCUCCAAAACACGCUGCCUCCACUCCUCGUCACGUUUAUCCUCAAUGGUGCAAUCACCACUCUCGUUGAAUCAUUCUUCAUUUAUCGAAUUUACCAGCUCUCCGAGAAACGCUUUCCUUCCAUCAUAAUGUUGAUCACAUCCAUUGGCUAUUUCUUGGGUAGCAUCACUUUCUGCGUCGCAGGCUUUCAUACGGACACAUGGGCCCGCGCGGAGGCCAAGUGGGGUUGGGAUGUCCUUUCCACUGCAAUUCUGGGUGUCACCACGGACCUGAGCAUCUCGGUCUCGUUAGUUGUCUUGCUCAUCCGGAGUCGCGGUCGAGGGAUAGCAUCAACAACGGCAGUCAUGGAUCGGGUUAUCGCAUGGACCAUUGAGACUUGCUCGCUGACCACCAUUUGCAUGGUUCUUAUCCUGAUAUUUUACGAGACGAGGAAACAGUCGUGUAAAAAUCCUGCUAUUUCCUUCCCAACCUCGUCUUACAACCAUACAGUCAUAUGGCUAGCGUUAGUCAUCCUCAAGUCGCGUCUAUUCUCCAACUCGCUUCUGGCCAGCCUCAACUCCCGAACAGCGUUCCGAGGGAUGCUUAAUGCUACCAUUCCUGCCUCAGUGCCGCAGUUUAGUCACAUCGGCCCGGGAUCGCGUACUAUGGAGAACGCAGACGUCGAGAUGUUUCGCGUACAGGUUGAAACCAAGACGCAUGUGCACCAUGAUGAUGAUGAAGACGGGUCAACAGGAAAAUUGAGAGGUUUAGACUCAAUCUAG